UGGAAGAGUGGGCCCAAGUCAGGGACAAGUGAGGCACACUGAUUAAGUACAUUUCACCUCCAAUUGGGCACUGUGAGGAGGACAGACAUUCACUCUGAGUGAAUCAAUCUGGAGUUGGAGGCAGUGAAUACUGCUAGGUUUCUGUAGGCCCUUCAAUACAAUAAAGGAUCCUCUGCAGAAAACAGGAGCUGAAGUUGAUGAAACAAAAACAAAAAGAUCUGAGCUGAGCAGAUGAGGUGUCCUGUUGUGGAGCAGCACCAGAGACAGAUCAGUCUCUCGGGUAUAAUACCGUGGUAACCGCUGCUCGUUUACAGAUAGGAGCAGAUUGCAUCCAGGCACGGGCUCUACACAGGGACAUCAGUUUGCAUGAAGAGCACGUUAGAUUCAUAUUUUCUGAAGGAGCUAGAUGACGAACAGAAAGACAUGUUUGAAUUUAAUAAAUACUGGAAGUUCUCUGGAAUCCAAAGGAUAUUUUACAACAAUCUGGUCAAAGAACUGGGAGGGUUUGGGACAGAGCCUGGCAAGUUCAUCUGGCCAACCAGUGUGACCAUGACUCUGGAUGGAGAUCUGGUUGUGAAAGACAGUGGAAACCAAAAGAUACAGCUCUUCAGCCCUGAGGGUUGCUAUAAGCGUGAGUUUUCCUAUGGAUCUGAACCAAGAAAAGAUCUGGGAGAUGUGGCAUGCACACAGGAUGGCUUGUUGCUUGUCACUGAUGGAUCCAAACCCAUCAAGGUCUUCUCUAAAGAUGGUGAGAUGAUCCACCAGCUGAAGUCUCCCAAAAUGGACUGGAAUCAUUCCUACAGGAUGGCAGUCCUGAAGUCCAAUGAUAUUGCAGUGACAGACUGGACAGAUGGGGGAAAAGUUCACAUCAUUGAGGUGGACUGGAGAAUGAAUGCCAUCCUGAAGAUGAACGUGAUAGGCGGCUUUCAUAGACCAGAGCACAUUGCAGUCAAUAAGAGUGAAGAGAUACUGGUUACUGAAGGGCAGCUCUAUGGAAAAUACCGAGGCUGCUGCCUCAAGAUUAUGGACAGUGAAAGAAUUCUGAAGAAAACAAUUGGACCAGACUAUGACAACAAAUUCAUCUUUGUGAAUCCCUCUGGAGUCUGUGUAGAUUCAAAUGAGAACUUGCUUGUUGCAGAUGAAGGACAAAACUGCAUAGUAAUGUUUAAUCCCGAUGCAUCCCUGAUUGCUUUAGUAGUAACUCAAGAUCUAGAGGGCCCUCGUGGCCUUUCAGUGACCAAGGAUGGGCUCUUGGCAGUAGCUGACUGCUACCAUCACAGUGUGAAGUUCUACAGAUACAGAUGAGAGUAGGUGAAUGCCUUAGCUCAGCAAUUGAACUUACAAAUACCUUUCUAGAUGGUGAAUAAAAUAGAAAUGUAAAAAUCUAGGUUAACAUGGGACAGAAUUGUGAUCAUUGGGCUGCUUCUACCAAGCAGAAGAAAAACAUUCUAGCCUUAUGCAGGCAAGCACUAUAGGUCAAGACUUGGAGCCAAGGACUCCUGCAUUAUAAUCUCUGUUCUGCUACUGCUUUACUGUAUGGUCUUGGGCAAAUCACAACCUUGUAUCCUGUCACAGUUCCUGCACCUGGUAAAUAGGAUUCAUGCUACUUACAUACCUACCUGAUCAGAGUGGUACAGAGGAAUGAAUGUUUGGAUGCUGCAUUGAAGAUAUCAAAUGCUAUGUAAGCGCUAACUGAUAUUAUUAUUAGGUAAUCCCAAAUUCAGAGGUAGUUUAGAGUGUGUGCCAGGGUUUUUCUGAUUAUAAGUAAGGGGAAAACUGUAGGAUUUUAGAUCGGCUGUGCAGUCAUUGUUGGUAAAUACUGACAUUUGAAAGUGAUCCGUUCUGUUCAUUUGCCUAAUGCUAUUAGGAGAUGAGUUUGUGAUUUGUAAGCUCUCCAGAUGUGCUGGGAUGCUAUACUCUCCUGAAGUUAGGGUUGUCCUACAUGUGACCGCUGAAUUGAGACUAUGAGAGGAUUUGUAUUCAGGGCUCUUUCUUAUAUUUUUGCUGUAAUGGAGAUGCACCGGGAAUCAUUCACAUAUCUCUUCUCACUGCUGUUUUCCCACCAACUCCGAAUGUGUUGUAAUAAUCUCUGUAACCUGCCUUCCUGCCAUCUGGUUUGGUCAAGAGUCUUCUACCCAAGCCUCCCACUGGAUUCUAGUUGCUUCCUAAUAUAAAGUAUUUUGAUUCUUCUUCUUUAUUAAAUAAGAGGGGGAAAUGUUAAAUAUUGGGAAGGGGGUUUCUCUUCAUAGACACAGAAGAUCAUGAGCAGUACUACAGGAACUUCUCUUCCUCACUUCAGAAUUGAAAAGAAACAAUGAUGGGUCCUCACUUCAGGAACACUAACAAAGGUGGAUAACACCAAUAUGUUAAAAAAAACCCUGUGAAUUAGUCAGAUAUGAUUUAUCAGUAAGUAUCUGCAAGUGGGUAGAAAAGGGUAAGGAGGUGUACACUGCCAUAGGUUACAUGCCAAGGGGCCAGAAGGGAGGAGCAGAGCAGGACGAUGUAAGAAGGUUCAAGUCAUAGUUUGGAAAAACACGGUUUCUUACGUUACAGUAACUGUGAUUCUUCGAGAUGUGCUACCCAUGUGGAUCCCAGUCAUGGUGUGUGUGCACCUCACCUGGCAUCCACAUGCACAGGGACUCCAAGAAAAAUGUGGCGACUUUAACUUUCAGUCUCCUCUUAGGCCUUGUCUUCCGUAGGAGAAAAGGUCUGUUUUCAACAUGUGUGAGCUAGCACAUAUUAAGUGAGAAAUCUGCCUCCGUGCACAGGGCUGACCAAAGACCAAUGCACCACUUGAGCUGUCACUCACACACUCCCUUAGGGUAUGUCUGUGUCUCAAGCAGAGGAGACAUACCCCCACUAGCGCUGAUCAAGUUAGCAUGCUAAAAAUAGAGUGCCAGGCAAGCAGCAAAGGGGCUACGUCACCCCGAGUACA